AUGAGCAUGCUUUCUGCUCGCUCACUAUAUCUCUGUGCUGUAGUCGCAACACCGUUCAUCAAUGAUGCUGCCAGCGAGGGCGACGACAAAGGUGAUGAGGAAGAAUAUGACACUUACACAUCUUGUGACAUAGAGCAGGAGAUAGCAAUCCAUGAGGUCGAACCAACACCGCAGGACAACAAUUCAAACCAUCAUGACUUAGAACAGUGGCUUAAAGAACUGUUGGAAAGAUAUAGGAAGUCUCGUGCUCAGGCAGUUAUGGGUAUCUGGUUUUUGAAAUGCUCGACAUGGUGGAUUGGUGGACCUGGCAACAUGAAGGAUACACAUACUUGGGGCUAUGAAACACUCGUGGUGCCUCGCCUGUUGGAUUCCCUGCCUGUGAAGCACAAAUGGCAAAGCACUCAUCCAGAACCAAGACUCUACAAGCAAGCCGACUAUGUCUCACUGGUGCAGGCUACAAAAAUUCAUGAUUCAAUCUCUUGGUCACAGGCAAAACCUUUCUUGGAGUGUGGUCAUCCACUUGUUUGGACUGGUCCGUUGUUUCCCCCUGUGCAUGAAUGGGUCUUUCAACUGGGAAUGUCUGUCUGUUUUGGCAAGAACAAGACACUGGGUCUGGUGGAAGUGGUAUCAUGCAAUGUCCUCAAGCUGGUGGACUUGAAUGGGGGCAGUUCAACUAUUGUGUCCUGGCGAGAUGUUUGUAAGGACAUCCAGGUCGGCGACUACGUUGAGAUCACUGGGCUUGUUACAAUAGGCAGUUGGAUCAACCAUGUCAAAGGCAACAACGUGAACAUUAUUCAACAAGCACAUCUCUUGUCAAACGCAUCAUCCAGUGAUGCCAAUACCAUUGAAGUUGGGAAUGACUUUGUUACAAGAACCACCCAUUGUAACUGUGCAGUGGUCACCACACCACCCCAUUCCAAGGCAAUGGUGACCCCCCUUAGCAUUCAAGAGCAUCAAGUAUCAGUUCCAUGGUGGUACCAGCUUGACACGGCUUCAUACUGGUGGGAGCAUCCUGAUCUUUGCAACAAAGAGAUGCAUGUCUUCCUGCCUUCGCACAAGAAAGAGGUCAUGGUGAAGGUGAUGACACUUGGAGGCCAAGUCGCUUUGGCCAGAACCUUUUUUUCCAAGCCUGCGGCCAUGGACUAUACACAGGUUAGGAUCUGGCAUCCUCAUCAACGUGAUUAUGAUCUGUGGCUAAUCAUCCAUGGAGAACAUGUCGUCCGAAUUGUCCAUGUCAAACCUGGUGAAGUGAACACCCCUACUGAUAUUACGAUUUGCCUGCCUGCGACACACCUGGUGUUGGUACCGGAGCAGCCAGAUGACAAGAAGCUAAAUGAUGACCUAAAGCAGACUUUGAGGAAACAGUUUGAGGAACAUCCAAAGUUGUGA